AAUUUCUCACGUUUUCGAUCUGGAGAGACCUCGUUCUAUGCGGGUGUGUGUGUUUGUGUCCGAGAAAAUGAAAAAUUAUUUUGCUCCGUUGUUUACUCAUCAAAAAAGUUUUUAAUUUUGUGUUGUGGAUCGAAUUUUUGUGAAAAUUUAUCGAAUAAAAGAUCCAAAGUGAAUGUGAGGGGGUGCUUCGGAAGCGAAUGUAAAUAAUUUAUGGUCCACUGUGUUUAGAAUAAGCCUAAAUCAUGACGGAAAAAAUUACUUUGGCUGAUGCCUUGUCUAAUGUGGAGGUUCUUGAUGAACUGUCCCUGCCCGACGAACAGCCCUGCAUAGAGGCCCAACCGUGUUCGGUCAUAUAUAAGGCCAACUUUGAUACUAAUUUUGAAGACCGCAAUGGGUUUGUGACUGGUAUUGCCAAAUAUAUUGAAGAGGCUACAACUCAUGCAAAUUUGAAUAUAUUACUUGAUGAAGGACAGAAGCAUUCUGUUAUGUUAUACACAUGGCGUUGCUGCUCCAGAGCCAUACCUCAGCCGAAGUCAAAUGAGCAGCCCAAUCGCGUUGAGAUAUAUGAAAAAACUGUCGAGGUAUUGGCCCCAGAAGUGAAUAAGCUAUUGAAUUUUAUGUAUUUCCAAAGAAAAGCCAUUGAAGCAUUUUCGGGCGAAGUCAAACGUCUUUGUCACACAGAAAAACGUAAAGACUUUGUAUCCGAAGCAUAUCUACUGACUUUGGGUCGUUUUAUCAAUAUGUUUGCAGUCUUGGAUGAAUUGAAGAACAUGAAGUCUAGUGUCAAAAACGAUUACAGUACAUAUCGAAGAGCGGCUCAAUUUCUAAAAGUUAUGUCAGACUCGCAUACCCUGCAGGAGUCCCAAAAUCUUUCCAUGUUUUUGGCUACACAAAAUAAGAUACGUGACACAGUCAAAGACACUUUGGAGAAGAUUGUUGGCUAUGAAGAUUUACUCUCUGAUGUGGUUAAUAUUUGUGUGCACAUGUUCGAGACGAAAAUGUAUUUAACACCAGAAGAAAAACAUAUGCUGGUAAAGGUAAUGGGCUUUGGCCUAUUCCUAAUGGAUAGUGAUGCUUGUAACAUCAAUAAGUUGGAUCAAAAGAAAAAAAUUCGUCUAGAUCGAAUUGAUCGCAUAUUUAAAAACUUGGAAGUUGUGCCCCUAUUUGGAGAUAUGCAAAUUGCACCAUUCAAUUACAUAAAGAGAAGUAAGCAUUAUGAUCCCAGUAAAUGGCCAUUGUCUAGCUCGAAUGCUGCCAGUCCUCAGGCAGACCUCAUGGUUCAUUUACCACAAAUACGUGAAGACCAUGUAAAAUAUAUAUCGGAGUUGGCACGUUACACAAACGAAGUGACGACAACAGUAAAAGAAAAUCCAUCGGAUGCUGAGAAUAGAGCAACAGCAGAUUUGGCAUUGCGGGGUUUACAAUUGCUAUCAGAAUGGACAAGUGUUGUUACAGAAUUAUAUUCGUGGAAAUUAUUGCAUCCUACCGAUCAUCAUCAGAAUAAAGAAUGUCCUGUAGAGGCAGAAGAAUACGAAAGGGCUACCCGAUAUAAUUAUACAUCGGAAGAGAAAUUUGCAUUGAUUGAAGUCAUUGCCAUGAUUAAGGGUUUACAGGUCCUAAUGGCCCGAAUUGAAACGGUUUUGUGUGAGGCCAUACGCCGUAACAUUUAUUCCGAAUUACAAGAUUUUGUUCAACUUACCCUACGUGAACCCUUACGAAAGGCAGUCAAAAAUAAAAAGGAUCUUAUACGUAGUAUAAUAAUGUCUGUACGUGAAACUGCCGCGGAUUGGCAGAAAGGAUAUGAGCCAACAGAUGAUCCAGUCAUAAAGGGCAAAAAGGAUCCCGAUGGUGGAUUCCGUAUACAUGUUCCACGUUUGAAUGUGGGUCCUUCGUCUACCCAACUAUAUAUGGUACGUACCAUGUUGGAAUCAUUGAUCGCUGACAAAUCCGGCGGUAAAAGAACCCUACGUAAAGAUAUUGAUGGAAAUUGCCUUAUGCAAAUCGAUUCAUUCCAUAAAACAUCAUUCUAUUGGAGCUAUUUACUCAACUUUAGUGAUACUUUACAAAAAUGCUGUGACCUAUCACAACUAUGGUAUCGUGAAUUCUAUUUAGAAAUGACCAUGGGUCGUAAGGUGAAUAAGUGUACGGUACGUCAUCAACACAAUGAAGAGUGCAAGGAUUUGAUAACCAUGGAAAAACGUAUUCAAUUUCCUAUUGAAAUGUCAAUGCCAUGGAUAUUAACCGAUCAUAUUUUACAAACCAAGGAGCCAUCAAUGAUGGAGUUUGUCUUAUAUCCCCUGGAUUUGUACAACGAUUCGGCUCAUUAUGCUUUAACUGUAUUCCGCAAGCAAUUCUUGUAUGAUGAGGUUGAAGCUGAGGUUAAUUUGUGUUUUGAUCAGUUUGUUUAUAAGUUGAGUGAACAAAUCUUUGCUCACUAUAAACAAUUGGCUGGAAGUAUAUUCUUGGACAAACGUUUCCGUUUGGAAUGUGAAGUCUUGGGAUUCAACUUUCAAUCAUAUCCUCGAAAUAAUCGUUAUGAAACCUUACUCAAACAGAGACAUGUACAAUUGUUGGGACGGUCUAUUGAUUUGAACAAGCUUAUAACACAACGUAUCAAUGCUAAUAUGCACAAGAGUAUUGAAUUGGCAAUAAGUCGCUUUGAAGGCAAUGAUAUUACGGGCAUUGUGGAACUGGAAGGUCUUUUGGAAUGCAAUCGAAUUUGUCACAAAUUAUUAAGUAAAUAUCUAGCCCUAGACAAUUUUGAGGCUAUGGUAAAGGAGGCCAAUCACAAUGUCUUGGCACCAUAUGGUCGCAUAACACUACAUGUGUUUGUCGAACUAAAUUAUGAUUUCUUGGUAAAUUACUGUUAUAACGCAGCCACAAAUAGAUUUGUACGCAGUAAAGUGAAUUUGGCCUCAGCACAGCCCAUGCAGCGUGAAAAGCCUCCACAAAUGUCUCAUUACUAUCUUUGGGGUUCGAAACAAUUGAACGCUGCUUAUUCGACUCAGUAUGGUCAAUACACCGGCUUUGUUGGCGCUCCCCAUUUCCAUGCCAUGUGUCGUCUGUUGGGCUAUCAAGGCAUUGCUGUUGUUAUGGACAUAAUACUCAAAGAUAUUGUGAAACCAUUGAUACAGGGCUCUUUGUUACAAUUUACCAAGACGCUUAUGAGUGCUAUGCCAAAGUCAUGCAAAUUGCCACGUUGCGAAUAUGGUUCACCGGGUGUAUUGAGUUAUUAUCAAGCCCAUUUGACUGAUAUUGUCCAAUAUCCGGAUACAAAAACCGAAUUAUUUCAAUCAUUCCGUGAAUUUGGUAAUUGCAUUAUAUUCUGUUUGUUGAUUGAACAGGCCUUGUCACAGGAAGAGGUGUGCGAUUUGUUGCAUGCUGCAUUGUUUCAGAAUAUUUUCCCAAGGCCGUUCUGCAAAGAAAAUGAAAAACCAGAGGCCAAACAAAAACGUCUGGAAGCCCAGUUUGCCAAUCUUCAAAUUGUCUCUAAUGUUGAAAAGUUAGGCACAGCAAAGCAAGCAAUGAUUGCCCGUGAAGGUGAUCUCUUGACACGUGAACGUCUCUGCUGUGGCCUUAGCAUUUUCGAAGUUAUUUUAAAUCGCAUCAAAAGUUAUUUAGAUGACCCGGUUUGGACAGGUCCAGCUCCAGCCAAUGGCAUUAUUCACGUUGAUGAAUGUUCAGAAUUUCAUCGUUUAUGGUCAGCUUUACAGUUUGUCUAUUGUAUUCCGGUACGUGGUACAGAAUACACAAUUGAGGAACUAUUUGGAGAGGGCCUUAAUUGGGCCGGUUGUGCAAUGAUUGUGCUAUUGGGUCAACAAAGGCGUUUUGAAGCCUUAGAUUUUUGCUAUCAUAUUUUGAGAGUACAACGAGUCGAUGGCAAAGACGAGGAUGUGAAAGGAAUUAAACUCAAACGCAUGGUGGAUCGUAUACGAAGAUUCCAAGUAUUAAAUUCACAAAUAUUUGCUAUAUUGAAUAAAUACCUAAAAGGUAGUGAUGUGGAGGGCUCAAAUGUUGAACAUGUGCGUUGCUUUCCACCACCGCAGCAUCCUUCUGUAAUAUCUUCACAUUAUCAAGAUCCGAAUAAACUACGGCAAAGUAUGAAUAAUUAAACGCAUGCAUACACAAUUAUUUAACAAGCACAAAAAUGUGCAUCAACAAUUAAACACAAUAUUUAUAUAAACAAACAUAUAUAUUUAAUAGUUAAAACAAUUAAACAAUAAGCAAAAAAACAAAUAUUCUUCUUAGCCAGUAUAUUAGUAUUCCUUUAUAUUUGUUUUCAUUUAUAAGCAAAAAAAAAUUAAAAUAACAAAAAAGAAGAAAUUACCCAACAUUGUCAUUUGCAUUUUAUUAAAAUUUAAGUAACAAAAACCGUUUCCUUACGAAUCACCACCAUCAACCACCAAGACCACUACACAAGACCUGUAUGAAGAGGCCAAAGAUCAUAUUUUGUUUAUUAUGCUUUCAAAAAUAACGCAAUUUCUAUUGGUUUGUAAUUACAGUCAAUCAACCACAUGCCUUUUUUGUCUGCUCCUUUUCUUUAAUAGUAUUAUAUUCACUCGAUGUUUUUCAAACGAAUGCAUUUUAAUGAAUCACACUUACACACAAUGGAAUUGCAUUUCUCUAUUUCUGUUUUAGAUAUUCUUUUUAUAUUUACAUUUUCAUAGUUAUUUGGUAUAGCGCUAUGUAUACAUAAAUAAAUAUAUUACAAAUAUACUUUAUGCAUAUAUCUAUCAUUCAAUAUAUGAAUAUAAUACGUAAUGGCAUAAAUGUAACAAAGCAAAAGGAAUCAAGUUUCUUUCAAUAAAACGAAAUUUUUUAUAAUCGUAGCCAAAAAUAUAA